UCGACGAUGGCGCACGAGACGGCGAUAUCGGAUUUGACGGAAUUGGACAGCGACGGAUCGAGUUGCGGAGAACGCGACGCCAGGAAACGUCUUCGCUUCGACGUGGAUCCAACGGGGCCGAAGAAGAGGCGAAAACAAUCGACGCCCGUGAGAUUCUCGUCGACGUUGAUGCCCGGCGUGCACGAGGAGUCGAACGAGGACGAGGACGAGGACGAGGAGGAGGACAGCGAAGGUAAGCUGUCGUCGCGAUCACCCAUACCGAGUCAAUCGUCGAUAAGGGACGAGAACCUGAAUAACGAAUUCCGUUGCCAAUACUGUAGCCAGUUUUUCGAUAGAAAGGAAACGUUGAACGUUCACCUGGACAACGAGCACGGUUCCGCGAAUAGGAUAUCGCGACAACAAUGCCCGAGUAGUAGAUCCCCCCCGAAUCAACCGAUCAAGCAAGAACCGUCUCACCAACUGGACCAAUCCGAGAACCCCGUUAAUUUGCUUAGCGUAAAGAAUUUCGCGAUAAAUUGGCUGGCCACCGGGCAACACGUGCAAUCGCACGCGCAAAUGCAGACGCAGAACGAGGAAUCGUGGCCCGUCACCGGCCCCCCACCUGGCCAAAUACCACCGUUGCCCAAUCACCUCCAACUCCUCACCAGUUUUCCCGGCGCCUUGGCGCAGUAUCUGCCCGUGCCCGCCUUCCCCAUCCCGGAUUCCGGCUCGAUCGCGAGAGGUGCCGGUUUAGGGCCAACGCCGGUGAGGAUCUUCAAUCCGGACGCGUACUGUGAUCUGUGUAACAAAGAAUUCUGCAACAAGUAUUUCCUCAAGACGCACAAGGCGAACAAGCACGGUAUCUACGCGGAUUCGCCUGGGCCGAGCAACGUGGACAACGUUGGUGGCGGUGGCGGUGGCAAUCCGGUGGGCAAUCCCGUGUUCCCCGCCGCUGUCAACUUCCCGAGUGGCGUGGUUAAACUGGAACUUCCCGCGACGCCACCCACGCCGACGGUGGCGUGCGACCUUUGCCAGAAGCGGUUCAAGAACGAGGAGUCGGUUCGUAAGCACAAGCAGAAGAUGCACGCCGAGUUGUCGGAUCAAUCGCAGGAGGGGCAGAUCGGUUUGUUGCAGAACGAGGAGGACAGGGGGGAGGCGUCGAGAGACAGUAUGGGUAUGGAGACGUUGUUGAGGCAGGAGUACGGGAUCGAGCAGGAGGAUGCGACGUUCGUUCCGGCGCCCAGACACCUAUCCCCUCAAUCGAUUCAACAGGCGCGCGACUCCGGGUUUAGCGCGGAUCGGCUUCGUCGUUUGGGAGUUAUAAAUCCGGACGCGUUCUGCGAGAUAUGCUGUAAGGAGUACUGUAACAAGUAUUUCCUUCGAACGCAUAAAAUGAAGAGGCACGGUAUCAUCGUUCAGGAUAACGAAAGAUCGCCCAAUAAUCCGGCGAUGCUGCCAAGUUGGCACCAAGUGCAGACCAGCCCGUUGAAUUUAAUCAUGGGGGAGAAUAACGCGGGUGGAGGUGGCGCGGAGUCGAACGAGCGUGGCGGCGACGAUUACGAGUGCAAAACUUGCGGGAUACGUUUCCAAACGAUCGACCUGUACCGAGCGCAUUCCCGGAAAAUGCACGAGGGGCAGGAGUCGCCCGGCCGGCAAGAGUGCGAGCUGGACACGGCCAACGAUCCGCGGAACGACUCCAUCUCGGAGGAUCUUCAAAAAUUGCAGACCAUGCUUCUGCAACUGAACGGGCUCAAGUCUGGGAAAGGAUUAUCGUGCAACGUGUGCGGAAAAGAAUGCGAGUCUAGAGCGGGUUUGCAUAUUCAUACGAUAACGGAGCACGGAGCCGCCAUUGGCGAAGAUUCGACGUCCUCGCCGCAAGAGAAGUCGCCCUUAACCGCGACGUCCGCGUUUUCCACCCUAUGCGGCAAAGAGUACGCGAGUCAGGAUAGCCUGAGAAAACACGUAGCCGAGGAGCAUCAAGCGGCGAUCUCGAGUGCCGUCCCACCAAUCGUCGCGACAACCUCGGCGACGAGCGUUACCAACGCGAACUCGACGAGCCAGGCACCGACGGCCGAGAGGAAAGUGACGUCGAUGACGCCUACGUCGAGCUACUGCGAGAUAUGCAACAAGGAAUUAUGCAAUAAGUAUUUUAUGAAGACGCACAUGCAGAGGAUGCACGGUAUCGAGAUCGAGAAUGGGGCCCAGAUAGGAGGCGUGAUAUGCAACAUUUGCAACAAAGAGCUGUGCAGCAAGUACUUCUUACGCGUUCACAAGCACAACACCCACGGCAUAGUCGAUGAAAAUACGGCGAGCACGCAGGUGAAACAGGAGAGCCACGAAACGGCGAACGCGGACGACGGUGCUUUGAAACCGGAACAACUCGGUGAUUUGACCCACAGAUAUUUCACUCAUUUCACGGAGGUUUGCCCGAUCUGCAGCAGAAGGUUCCGCAGUAUAAAGUGGCUGAAAGCUCAUCUGAUGGGCGAUCACGGGAAGACAGGUAUCGAGAAGUGGCGCGAGAUGGAGCAACAGUAUCAAACGAUCCCCAAGUCGGGGAGCAGGGCGGCGAAUGUGACGUCGAAGGCCGGUCAACCGAUGGGCUCGAACUUGAAGAUACCAAACGGGUUCGAGAUCUCGCAGCAAAUCAAGUCCGCCGCCGAUUACGCGGGUUUGGGUAAUCAAGUGUUGUCCAAUCUCCUGGGAUCGUCCUCCGAAGAUCAACAAUCGAAGAGUUACCGUUGUUCCUAUUGCAACUUCACGACCACCGUACUACCGUUCCUCUUCCUUCACGAGAGAUCUCACGGGCGGGACAACAUGGAGGGGGAGAAGUCGCUUCAAUGCCCGAUCUGUUCUCAAGCGUUUCACCAGCCUGAGAUGUUGCAUCAACAUCUACUCGCGUCCCACCAAUUCCCCACCUUGCUCCCCCAUUUUCAACCCCCCCUCUUCGGUAAUCUAAGUCUCGACGCGGAGAAAUUGACGAACGAGGGGAAAGAGAGAUUCGAUUUGGAGGCGAAGGAGGAAAACAGCCCGCAAGUGGUUGUCAAUCAAAACAUUCCCGAUCCGACGAGGAGCAAACGGCAGGACGAGACAACGGUCCAGGUCACUCCUCAGGGUGUGUACAAGUGCGCACAGUGCGGAUACGCGACGACCAAUUUGAACAGGAUAAAGAGGCACGUGAGGAAGGAUCACAAAACGAUCGGCGAUCCUACGGACAGCGUGCUCGCCGAGCUCAGCAGAACUCUGAAGGACGUUGCGAACAGGCACAAGGUGCCGGCUUGUUACGCGAUGCCCCAGGAUUCGAUGAAUUCGGUCGCCGAGAAGACGAUCAUGCAACCGUUUCUGAUCGAGGAACGGGACGCGAUGCAGGCCGGCUCGGAAUCGUGCUCGGAGAAACGAUUCGCCCCGGCUUUGGUCUAUUUGCCCGUUAAAUCGCGAAUUAACAACGCGCUCACCGCAUCCUUCACCCUGAGCCCAGCUUGA